CUAUUCCGGCUGUCUGCUCCGCGGUGCUGUCAUCUGGCGGGUCGUGUGGGAGGCUGUGAUGCGGCGGUGUGCGAGGCGAGACGGCGGAUAAAGUGGGGUGGCGAGUUAUGUCUUUGGAAUCCCGGCCCAGCAAUUCGCUUUUCAAGCGAAAAGAGCAGCUCAAGCGCUGGGAGGACUCCGAGACGAACCUCGAGAGCGCCGAGCCGCCGCCGGACAAGGCGCCCCGGAUCAAGUUCAGCGAUGGUUGCGUGUUCCUCGCCGCCUGCGCCGCCGGAGAUACGGCCGAAGUCGAGCGUCUGCUCGUCGCCGGUGCCGACAUCAACACGACGAACGUCGACGGGCUCACCGCGCUGCACCAGGCAUGCAUCGAUGACAACAUGGCGAUGGUGGAGUUCCUUGUGGAGCACGGGUGCGACCUCAACCUCGGUGACAAUGAGGGCUGGACGCCGCUCCAUGCUACAGCCUCCUGUGGCUUCGUCAGCGUGGCCAGGUACCUGAUUGAGCAUGGAGCAGACGUCUCCCGAGUAAACAACGAUGGUGACCUGCCCAUUGACAUCGCCGAGUCCGAGGAGAUGGAGGAGUUGCUGCAAGCCGAGAUUGACAGGCUCAAUGUGGACUGCGAAGCUGCUCGCAACGAGGAGGAGCGGCUAAUGCUGGAGGACGCCAAGCAGAUGCUGAACAACAACCGGGUGCCAGACAAGGUGCACCCCAAGACGGGCGCCACCUCCCUUCAUGUGGCGGCUGCCAAGGGCUACCUCAAGGUCAUGAGCGUGCUGAUCCAGGCCGGCGUGGACCUGAACGCUCAGGACGUGGACGGCUGGACGCCCCUGCACGCUGCUGCACACUGGGGGCAGAAGGCAGCCUGUCGUCUGCUGUGCGAGAACCUGGCCAAUAUGGCGCUGCCCAACUACGUGGGCCAGACGUGCUUCGACCUUGCCGACCCUGAAGUGCUGCCUGUGCUAGAGGAGCUUCGCAAGAAGCAGGACAGCAUGCAGAAGGAGCGUCCUGAAAUCCAGGAGAUCCUGGAGCGUAAAGCGCAGCGGCCGCCGCCCCUCAAACGUCGCACAUCCGUCACGCGCAUGAGUCUGGCCGACAAGAACAGCGUCGUGGUGAAGGACACCUCGUCUGAGCGCAACGCCAUCGAGUCGCAGCUCCUGCUCGCCAAAGUCGACGAAGAGGCUGAGCGCAAGUCAGAGGAGCGGGAGAUCCGGUUGCACCCAAGCUCACCCGAGGAGCGGCAGGUGGCGCGAAAGAACGAGGUGAACCGGGCGGUGAGCAACGCAUACCUGGGCACUGAUGCCGCUGCGGACAACAAGCCGAAGCUGCAGCCGGAGAAGGAGGAGGAGGUGACGCUGGCGCUGAGGCGGCUGCGGCGGCCGAGUCCUGACAACGCGGAGCCGGUCUCUGCGGAGGUGACGGUCACCCACCCCGGGCUGGCCCCGAGGAGCGUCGAAUCACCGCCUGUCACCGUGGCAACCAUCACCAUCGACGACAAGAAGAAAGAGCCUUCACCACCUGCAGAAAUUGUCACGCUUCGAAAACCGCUCCGGGUCAGCGCCGACAGCGGGGUAACGGAGGUUACGACCUCUGCACCAUCCACCCCGCCCACCGACAACACCCCAAAAAGGACCUUUGUGCUCCCGGUACGGGACGAGGAAUCUGAAACACAGAGGAAGGCCCAUGCAAAGAGAGUCCGAGAAACGAGACGGUCGACGCAGGGAGUCACGCUAGAGGACGUCAAAUCGGCUGAGCAGCAGCUGCUGAAGCGGCAGCAGGAACUCGAGGACAAGAAGGAGGACAAGCCGCCCCCGCCAACAGUCAUAGGCGCGGCGCCCGUCUCCGCGACAACCACGACCACCACCACCACCACUACCACCACAACAGAAGAGCUGGUGCGCCGGCAUUCCUGGAGGAACAGGGACAAGGAGGAAGAACCACCCGCAGUCCGAGUAGUACCCAGCAGUCCCGAAACGGCUCCAGUGGUGACCUUCUCCAUGCCCAGGGCGCGAAGUCAAAGGGGAGUGACGGCUACCCCAGCUCCCGAGGUCAGCCACACGGUCACCGUUCCCAUUCGGCCACGGGGCGUCGUGGACGACACGGCGAUCACUGCCAGGGAAGUUGGUGACGGAGACAAGGACGAUACCAAGACCAACACACAGUCGGCGAUUUCAAGGCGAAGGCGGCCAAAGCGGAGAUCGACAGGCGUUGUAUACCUCGAAGGAGACAAUAUUGGUGGCCAGGAAUCUUCGGCAGACCAGGAAGGAUCGGAUCGGGAUAAACUGAGGAUAGGUGCUGUCAACGACCUUUCCAACGACGCAGAGAGCACCCCAGACACGGUUCGGGGUCGCAGUGGAUCUGCAGGCUCCGUAGCGGACAGCACCAAAUCCGAGACAGAGUCGCGGCUCAGCAGCAGUGCAGCCAGCCUUCAGGACGAUGACGAGCUUGACUACAAAAAGCUCUACACUGAACUGAAGGAGGACUACAGCAAACUGAAAGGCAAGCUGUCUCGGACCGAAGACGAGCUUGAAACGACGAGACGUCAGCUCGAGAAGGCACAGUUGAACAAUCGGAAUUCACUCAGCGAUGCUGAGAAGAGGGAACGUCGAGCACUCGAGAGGAAAAUCUCGGAAAUGGAGGAGGAGCUCAAGGUUCUGGCUCAGCUCAAGGCCGAGAACGCCAAGCUCAAGGCCGAAAAUCGUGCGCUGACGCGCGUCGUGUCGAACUUGUCCAAAUGAGGAAGCAAUCGGAACAGCUGCGAGCCGAAAAUGCACGGCUCCGUGAGGAGAAUGGUGCCCUGAUACGUGUCAUCAGCAAGUUGUCCAAGUAACCCUCCCCCCCCCCCGUUCCCUACUCCUCGGCAGAGGCGGCACCGUCGUCCUCCCCCGAAACUUCGUCUUCGCUUGUCCAUCGAUCCAUCUCUCCGCUGCCGGGAAAGAGAGAAUGCUGAGCGCUUGUUUGCUCUUCGCUGGCCGCCGUCGUUUUUGUUGUUUGCCUGCUGCCUCGUUGUUGGCUUGACUCGACCUUCUCUCGGCCUAAAUCGGCACACCGAGUGACCUUUUCUGGAACGAAUGCUUCAGCGGCCUUAGCAAUUUGUGUGUAGAGAAAUCUGAGCCACCUGUACACUCCAAAGAAAGCUUGCACCCUCAGGGGUCCAUCCUGUCGCCAAUGAUAAUAUUCAUCCAUAUUGCAUGCCUUUACAUUCUUCAACACAGCACACUCGGUUCUUUUCUGUCACAAGUGGCAAGCAGCGUGACAUGGCAUGCGUGACAGGAAAAUCGUGAGUACGGAGUGCUAAAGAAAGGGAAUGUUCACAAGAUUGGUGAACGGUUUGGCGACGAGAUAAACCCCAGAGGCUGUAAAAUUUUUUUCAGUGUAUAGUAUCUUGUACAGCGGUCAGGUCGGCGCACAGUUCCCAGGAACGUUGGCAUGCCUGGAGUGUGUUUCCAAGUGCGUUGUCAUGUGUGGCAUUUAGGUGAUGUUUGGAAGUGUUUUUCUUCCUGUGCGCUGGCUGUGGCUACACAACCACCACCCACUUCUGCCUUGCUCGGUGUUCAAACUUCUAACCUCUCCUGCAGGCAGUGCUGCCAGUUUAGCUUACUUUAAACCUGUUUAGUGGGGAAAGAAAGAUGGUUUUAGCGUUUUUAGCAGGUAGGUUUUUGUUGUGCAUUUCCAAAAGUAUUUUCAUCAUUCAUAGCAGAUUCCAAAUGAUUGUUUGGCAACUGAAUCCCUGCCAGAAAAAUUAUUCUUGAUUUUGAAUUCUUGUCAUUGGUAAUACAUUGUCAUUGUUUUGUGUUUGACGGCUGAUUGACUCAUUUUGAGGCAAACCCAAUUAAGCAGGGUGAAAAAAGCCUGAUUAGCAUAUACUGUAAACUUAGUUAAGCCAAACUUGGCAUGAAGUCAGUAUCAGUACACUUAUAAGGUGGAAUUCAACAUGAAAGCACUGAAUAAUUUUUUUUUGUCAAACUAGGGGAAGUCUUAGCAUUUGCAAUAGUGCAGAGGUCUGCAGAACACCAUCAAGCAUUGAUUACCCAACAUCCUAAGCCAGAGUGCAUAAAGGAAUCGUUUAGUGUUUAUGCUGUUUUAUUUAUUUUGUGAUGUACCAUAUUAAGGUGCAUCAGGAAUAGUUAAUGGAAAUGUGAAUUGCUUCUCUUGAAAUGAACAAAAUUUCAGUCCCUUUGAGAUUAUGUGAAUGGGAGUCUAUAGACAUUAAAGUGAAACCUGUUCGUGUACUUAUAAUUCCGACGUUGUUUUGCAGAGCAUAGAACAGUUUACAGGAUACAGCAAGUAACCCUAAAAGGUGACUCUUCUGGUGCUUAACAUUGCUCGUUAACUAUACUUGAUCGUACCUCUUGCUGAAGUUUUGCUUCACGUGUUCACAAAAGUAUUUAGCUCAAUUUAGUGGAUUUCAAGCAUUGAUUUUAAUGGGCUGCUUGGCAAUGAAAGAUGGCAGCACUGCCUGCAUGUGGGCUUAGCUGCGUGGCUGGUCACCGCUGGGUGAGUACUUUGGGGAGACAGUACCCGUGCAGCCAAGCAAGUGCAGUACCAAUUUGGUGCGCUCAGCUGUCACUUUCCUGUCGUCUGCACCAGCAGGUUGGAAACUUCAUUCAGUCUUUGUAACGAAUGACCCAGUACUGGCCAGUUGGAACAAAUUCAAAGCCCUGUGAUAACUGAAGCGAGAUUGCAGUUCUGUUGGAACUGACGUCCAUCGAGCAUUCAUGUGGCAGUCCUGCAUCAAGGCCUCAACAGUGGUCCUUGUUGCAACCAAUGCGGCAAGGGGCUUCUCAGUCAUGUUAAGGUGAGAUCGCGCAUGCAUCAAGUUCUCGCUAGACUGGCAAGGUUUUAGUUGAAUAUUUCAGCAAGUUGCUGUCACGAUAACUUUUUUUUUUCUCCGAAUGCUCGCAGCUGGUGCAGUGUUAGACUUCUGUGAAGUGAGCACAAUUUGAAUUUGAAGCAGGUCGGUGUAUUUCUUGACAGCUUCUGAGACAGCUCGCCAAGCCUAAAGAGCCGAGGUGUGGGCCUGCUAGACAUGUCGUCACAAAUGUCUUUGUAAGACCAUAGUUUGUCAGGCACAGUUUCACUGAAUAAGACCCUCGCUGCAAAGCGACUGUUAAAAAAGUGCUGAGAGGUGUGAAUAAGCCAGACAAUCUUGGUUGUGCACAGUCUACAUUAGGUGAGACCUGUCUUGCUUAACGAAGUAUGUAUGCAGUUGCAAUGAUGCAACUGUGGAAAUGCGAGGCGCGUGACUCGAUAGGCGGCAGACAGAUUAUUGCAGUGCAUGUGAUUUUGUUAAGAGAGUGCAGAAGUGCUUAAAGCCCGGUCCUUCCCCUGCACAGAGCAUAGGAAGAAGCAGCGUUGACGAGAGUUUUACAGCCACAACCCUUCAUUUCUUCCUUUUUUGUCUAGUCUGAUGUACAUGGGUUGCUUGUACUCUUGCUCAUCUGUUGCCCAACAGCUUUCAUCCUUAGGGCAUAUGCUUGCUUUUUAGCUGCUGUGAUGCAAUCAUCACUUCUGAUUGGGACAGUGUUAAACAGACAGUGGGAACGCGAAAAUGGUGGCACCAGUGUGGUCAUGGCUGCCAUUACCACUUCAAUUUGCCUGGAAAAGUGAAUCUACGACCAGGGCCUUUGCAUUGUGCUUGCGUUACACUGGUAAACCCUUGUUUCUGGUCUGUUGCCUAAUCAGGCACUGUCAUUUGUAGCAGAAUUCACCCCAGCCGCAUCUCUUCAGGUGUUUUAGUUUUUUUUUUUCGCAUAUUGUAAAGUCAGACUCUCUGGGGUUUAUAGGCUGUUAUUAAAUGGUUGCCACAAACUUUAUUUUUGGUUGUUGGCCAUACAUGACAAGAGACAUUGUGUUGCUUCUCAACAUUGUACUUGUCAAAAUUGUCUGUCAAAGUUGUAAAAUUGUGCAUUCUUCUGCUGGAUGUUACUUUGUAAUUGCCCGUGCAGUUGUGCUGCUCCCUGGUUGAAAAGUUGCCCCGAGUGCUGUCGUGCACACGCGUGCCUUUUUUUUUUUUCCCACACCACGCUUCGCUGUUUUUGGCACAAGCUACUUUAAAACGAGAUUUGUGUGCAACGCUGGAAUUGACAAGCAUUGUUAUAUUGUCUCAUUCAUUUGGCUUUAUUUGCAUUGAAGGAACGUCUACACCUUUAGGCAUUUUUACGGUAGCCCAAAUAUUUUUUUUUUCCUUUCGGAGGUUGUAACAAAAAAUGUGUGAAUUUUUUUUUUCUCAUUUGUAAGGUCUGGUAACAUGUGCGUGUAUGUGUAUGUGAAAAUUAGUAAGCAGUGGUGAGGCACCUUGUUUUAUGAAUCGAUGAAAAGCCCAAUUUUAAGACCUGUGCGACAGGAGACGCGACAGGAGAAUGCUUACUCUUCUUCUAGGUUCUUUUGUGAGGUUUUAUUAUGAGGCUAAUAUGUGCCCUUCAUAUGCUGUAAUUCUGUCACACUGAGAAAUGAUCUGCACUGAAAUUAAGAAAGGUGACGGGUGUUGAUGAAGUAUUGGUUACUCUGUCAGGUCGCUUCAUCGUUGUAUUUGCCUUAGUCGCAACCUAGGGCAGUCUAUCACAUUUCUGGAGACCUGACUAGUAAACAACACCAAACCGCCAAACGACAAGCUUUUGCCACUCGCAAGACCCAAACCCUAGUGCCAUGAAAUAUUUGUUCCUAAAUGAGCCAUUGGAGAGAAUGUACUGAAUGUCGACACCAACCUUUCUCGUCCAGCGCAUCUCGUGCACAUGUCUUUGUUCGUGCAAGACUAUAUGUCGUGCACUUUCAGGCUGCACAGACCGCUUGGAUGUGAAAAACAUAUAUAGGAGCGUUGCACACUUAUGUGUCACUUUAGUUGUCUAAGCACUUGCAGCCUUUGGGUAAUUGUCAAGAACAAAACACGACGCCAUGGCAGGAGUACAUUAAUAAAUCGCAGGUCGUCUUUCCCAACUCUACACAUCAAUACGCUCUCUAUUCUGUACAUACCUUUCCUGCCUGGCCAGCAUGUCAGUAUCUUGCACACUGCAUCAUGUCGCAUCAUGACAUGCUGCGCACUAUGGUGCCUUGGACUCUACAAAGCCAAUUGAGCAUUAUAGCCCGUUUUUACUUAAAAAAAGUGUCUUUUUUGGAGACUGCACCUUUACCGAAGUUUUGUGUAACUCAUAGUACAACAGAGUGUCGUGUUUUUUGAAGAGUCGCGAAUAUGGUAGUUGGCAGAGCUUUUCUUUUUUUGCUUUUGCAUUCGCCAGUGGCUGCUCUCGGCCUACUACAGUUAUUUGUUCUGAUUGCAAAGAAUGUGUGUGUAUGUGCGUGUGAUGCUGCGGUUUGUAAGCGGCUACGUGCCGAGGUUGAGGCAUAGCUCAAGUAAAGCUGCAGACUUCUCCGCAUUGUAGAACAGGACAGUGAAGCAUUUUCGACGUGGACGUUUAAUAUAUUUAUUUAUGAAGCGCCUGCACAUGUGGACUGCAGUGUUUUUACCCAUGCUGUGUUUUUCGUUCAGUUUAUCCCACCCACCCUCUGCCCUUCCCUGUCGCUUGAUAUAUUCCCUGGACAGAACGAACUUCGCUGUGCCUGUGUUGUACGAAGUGUUUUAUUGAAGUCGUGGGCGCUCAUUCCUGCGAAGGAAUUUCAGUGUCUCAGAUGAAUGUUUGUAAUAAAACAGUUUUUUUUUUCUUUGUGA